UGAACUUCAGUUGCUCCCAUAAAUCUGAUGACAGAGAACGCCUUUUAGUUUCCCACAGCACAUCUUCAUAUAAUUCAGUAAUCAUCAGUCAUUAAGCUCCACAAAGGUUCUUAAAACUUCUCAAACCGAAGAUAUUAAGCACUCUCCUUGAAAGUCUCUGCUUCUUAGAAAUCCAUUCUUUCUUAAAUUUCUGCUUUCCUGUUGCCAUGGAGAAGGUCCAGUACAUAACUCGCUCUGCUCUGAGGAGAGCCUCAACUAUUGAGGUGCAUCCACAAACACGGCAAAGGCUUCAGGAGCUUUUUGUAAACUUCUGUCUUAUCUUGAUAUGUUUGUUGCUAAUAUGCAUCAUUGUGAUGCUUCUUUGAAGUCCAGUAUUUUUGAUUGAUCUUCACUACCUUAUGCAAUGGGAAAUGCACCAGAAGGAGAAAAGAACCAAACAAGAAACAUCCAGCACAAGGAAAUCUAUGCCAGAAAGUCCAGCACUCGGUCUAAAAAAUUUCUCACCACCUCCACUCUUACUCACUGUAACCAUUAAAAGCACCUUGUACUGAACAGUGAUUUGAAAAUUACUAUCACAAGACGAUGCAUGAGCUAAUUUGCCUGCUUUAUUUUUAAAGGAAGACUUCUGUGAAUGUUGAUGAUUAGUGUUAUGUGUAAAAUGUCCAGCUAUAAAAAUUUAAAUAGCAGCCUUGAAAUUUUGGUUCCAGAUUAUUUGUUUGUUAUUACUAAUCAGCUAUAAAUGUUUACUUUCAUGAAUAAAAAAUGGGCUGAAUGCACUAUUAUUAAAUGCACAAUUAAAUCAUUAUAUAUUCUAGGAGAUAUGUGUAACUUGAGUACUUGGAUUGUUAACUGAAGCAUUUAUUAAUUUCUUUUCCCCUACAUAUUCAUAAUAUAAGCUUUGAAAAAAUAAUAAAGCAUUGCAUAUUUAUUGCCUGGUUCUACUGAAAUGCAAGUCUAAAUAUACCUUCUAUAUCUAUAUAUUGGUUUGCUUGUAACUUUCAACUAGUAUCAUAGGGCAACAAUUUUUGAAUCAAUGUACCUGAAAUGGGAUAACUUAAAAAAUACAUCCAAAAUCUGUGAAAUUGAAAUUUUGCAAGAUAAUGAUGAUCAUUUCCAAUGCUCCUUGCAAGCCUUCCUCCUGGCCAGCAGAAAGUUGCUCCUGCUCCAACCUGCUUGUUUGCCUGGCUGUGGUCAUUCUGUUUUUCUGAUUAGUUAAGGAAAUAUCUCGAAAAUGAUCUCAUGGAUUGUCUAGUUUGAUAUAUUUAUAAAUAUGGAAUAUAUUCUCUCCUGUAACACUAGUGAUAUCUCCCAGGUAACUCAUUUGCAGUUGCUCUUCAUUCAUAUAAUUUAGCAAGAGGACUAGAUGGUGAAUUCUUGCAAGUUUAAUCUUUUCAUGUUUUUGUUCCAGAAAGAAUCAGUCACUGCCAAAAUAAAUCUGUACAACGGCUUUUUAUUGGUUGCAUUAGAAGUUCAACCUGUUGUCAGAUUGCAUAUAACAAAUAGCAUUUGUUUUUUUUAGCACAGCUAUGAAAGGUAUUGGACAAAAAAACUCUUAUGAGUCAAGAAAUGCUCACACAAGAGUACUGCAACCCACACAUAUGUCAACUGUAACUCACUGUGACUGAACUGAACCUGCUUAUAACAGCAAUCAAGAUUUCUAGUGCAAGAAAAAUAAGUGCAAAGUUUGCCACAAUGGAUUUUGCUGCAAAUAGAGGUCUCAACCUGUUACUCAAUUUUCUACUUAUUUUUUUUGGUUCUUGUUCUUAUGUUCAUUCUUGUAAAGCUCAUGUGAGGGUUUUUUUUUAAAAAAAGUCUUCAUUUAUGCCAUCAUGGUAACUUGAACCUUCAAACUGUAUGAAUAUAAAGAACAAAAUGAACAAGACAAAAAAAAGCCUAGACUUAACAUUCUGCAAAUCAGGGAAGCUUUCACUGAAAUAAAAAAAAUAUAUAUUAUUUUUACAACGGAACUGAUCAGAUCAACAGCACAAUCUGAAGCCUGAAGUAGAAAAAAGGAAAAACAAACAUGAAAUUCUCUACAGGAAGAAAAUAAUGGAUGUGAACAUGGAAUCACCUGUGACUUUUAUAUUGGAGAUAAGGGCAAAUAACCACUGAGGAAUUAGAAAAACUACAUGAAGACAAAUACUUAUUUAGAGUAAAUUUCCGCAUAUUUGAUGAUGAUACCUAUACACGGGAAUAAAAAUGAGCAUAAUGAGACUUUGUUUGAAUAAUCAUGCAUAAGAUUACACUGCUUAUUAUUGUUAAUAUUACAACAGGGCAUUUAUAUUCUAUUAUAAAGUGCUAUAAUAGAGUAUUAUAGUAAUAACAUUUUUAGCAAACCAUAGAAUACUCUUUCCACUAAAAUCGUAUUAACCUUCCCAUACUUUAUGUACUUCUAAGCCUGCUUGUCUCUUUUGUAGGGAUUUAUUCUGGGAUGUCUGCCUCUCAAAUUCACUACUGUUAGAAAGUUUCAGACUAAGUCCUAUUCAAUUACUCACUCCCUAUGCCUUUCAUGCAGAUGAGAGGAAUCUAAAAGACAUUAUAACAUAUGACUUUAAGGUUUUUUUAUGUAUUUAUUUUUGUUGUGAUGGCAUUGCAAGUUAUAACUUUGAGCAGACUGCAGAAACUAAGAAUGCACAAUUUCUUUGUAAGCAAAAUAUUUCCAUUUGCCAUUUUUUCUCUUCUUAUCUUUAUUUCACACAGAAAUGAAACACCCAGUGAAAUUAUACUAGAAGUUAUUACAAUUUUUGAUGUCCUCUGCCAGCUUUCCACAAUCAAAAUCAAUGGGAAACAGGAACUUGGAAGUCAGUUACCUGAGGUCCUCGCUUUACAAACCUAUGCAGUCCUCACUUAAUGAACACAUCUGGGACUGCUGGAACUGUCAUCACUAAGUGAUAUGGUUAUGUGACAUCACACUUUACAACCGCAUUGCUUAGGGAUGGCAAUUCUGAUCCCAAUUGUUGUCUAACCCAAGGAUUACCUGUAUCCGUGGAAGGUAUGUGCAUGUGUGCCCAUCUUAGGACAAAACUUUGAGAAUUCUGGCAAUAUAAUAAGUGUUACAAGAUGAACUAAGUUUGAUAACAUAUCUUCAGAAAACAGCUACCAAAUCUUUAAAACUUUUCAAAAAUACAAAUAAUUAUAACAAAAAUUCCUGAUAAUCUAGAAACAUAGUAGAAUGUCUGAAUAUAAACUUUUGUGAAAUCUUUAUACACAUCUGAGUAACUCAUCUAUACUUUAGUUAUUUAAAAAUUUCAGAUUUAUUUUAGCAGACUAUACUUCUUUCUCAAGGUAACUUAGGCCAUUAGCCUUGGCUUCUGAAGUCUGGAAUGUUGCCAUUCAAAACACAAAUAUCUUGUUAUAUUGGAGAGAGGGGGCACUUAUUUAAAUAUGACCUGGAAUACAGUAAAAUUUGACAUUUUGAGGAAUUUCAAGAACAACCAGCUCAGGUCUUCCCAAAUUGCUGCAUCUUGUUGAGAUUUAUAGGAAGGCUACAAUUAGUAAAAAGAAAAAAAAAAUCUACACACAUUCAGGUAGUCCUCAACUUACAACCAUUCGUUUAGUGACUGUUUGAAGUUAUGGUGGCAUUGAAAAAAGUGACUUAUGAAGAGUUCUUACACUUACAACCAUUGCAACAUCCUCACGGUCAUACGUGGGUAUUUGGCAACUAACAUGUAUUUGUGACAGUUGAAUUGUCCUAGAAUCAUGUGAUCACCAUUUGCAAUGUUUCCAGCCAGCUUCUGACAAGCAAAAUCAAUGGGGGAAACCAGAUUUGCAUAAUGACCACCUGAUUCAUUUAACAACUGCAGUGAUACACUUAACAACCACAGCAAAAAGGUCAUAAAAUGGGGUGUGAUUCACUUAAUAACUACCUUACUUAGCAAUGGAAAUGUUGAGCUCAAUUGUAGUCAUAAGUCAAAGUCUACCUGCAUGAAAAUGUCAGUACAAAUACUUCAACAAAUGCACUUGGUUAUUGAUACGUUAUCAUGUCAUUUAUUUUAAUGUAUCAACAGUGUCAAAUUUUGCUGAAUAAUGAAAAAGAAGAUAACAUGUUCCAUCUCUACAAAUAAUGUGUAACAAUAUUAAUUUCCUCACUAACUCAGCAGCAGCAAUAUCACAAGGGAAGAAAACUCAAAUUAUAUGACUUGAUUAGAUUAUGACUUCCUCUAUUUCUCAGCAUAAAAUUAUUUUCACAACACACAAUAAAACAUAGGCAUAUAAGUGAAUCUUCACCAUUAUAGGAUUUGUAAAGUUAUUAAAGAAAAAAAAUCUUAUUAAAGCAUUCUAAAUGACAGAAAACCAAACGUUUCCCUCUUUUAUUCUUUUAAAUAUAUGAUAUUAUUAACAGCUAGCAAAGGAUCCAGAUCAUAUUAGAAUUAUGACACCAAGGUAAAUUACCUGUGUGUAUCUUGUUGUUACUAUUAUUAUUUUCAUAUCACUUAUUGUUCUGUGUCACACUGGGAAUGUUAAAUGAAACUGUUACAUAAUUAUUGUUCCUAAUUAUGACAUACCUGACAAAUCUGUGAAGUGGUCAACUCUUAUAGUCAUGAGGCUAAGAAACAACGAAGACUUUACUCUUAAUUUUGCUUCUACGCUAAACUCACUAAAAGACUUUACCUAAAACAUUACUUCUUCCCUUUAGCCUUAUCCCUCUACCAUACGGAGAAAGAAAACAGCCUACCUUAUAAGGUUCUACUAAUUAUUAAAUACUGUGUUCUAUGUCAAGUAAAUAAAACUAAGUUUAUAAA